UCACACAAACACUGCUCUCUCAAACCUCUACUCAUGGACUCACUCAUGGUCAGAGCUAGGAAGAACACUUGGCCCGGAGAGACUCGGGGAUCUAGACUUGUGUUUUCCCCAAAAGGCACCAGAUGAAAUCCAACUAGAGCUAAAUGGAAGCAUAACACAGAACCACAGACAUCUGACGUGAGGCUAUCUUUCUCAGUGUGAUGGAUAAGCCCCAUGGUCCAGAGGUCAAGUUCAGGCUGGACAUCGGCACAGCCCAUCCUGCACCCACCACUGUGACCAGGGGACAGUGGUCCAGCAAGAUUGAGUUCCUUUUGGCUGUUGCAGGACAAAUCAUAGGCCUGGGAAAUGUGUGGAGGUUCCCUUACCUGUGCUACAAAAAUGGUGGAGGGGUGUUCUUCAUCCCUUAUAUACUCUUUCUUUUUACCUGCGGCAUCCCCCUAUUUCUGCUGGAGACGUCUCUUGGCCAGUACACCAAACAGGGAAGCAUUACCUGCUGGAGGAAAAUUUGUCCCCUGUUUGAAGGGAUGGGUUAUGGGAGUCAAGUGGUUGUUCUAUACUCCAGCAUCUAUUACAUCAUCAUACUGGCUUGGGCUUUCCUGUAUCUCUUCUCCUCUUUUAACUCUGAACUUCCCUGGGCGAGUUGCCGAAACAGCUGGAACACAGAGACCUGUGUGGAGUUUGAUCGAAGGACUGAUUUAUACAACUGGACUGUGGUGGAAAACGCAACAUCACCAGUGAGAGAGUUUUGGGAGAGAAGAAUUUUGAAUGUCACAGGAAGUGUCCAUGAGAUAGGUGGCAUGCGAUGGGAGUUGGCUCUGUGUCUUCUGUUGUCCUGGAUCAUCUGUUACUUUUGUGUCUGGAAGGGAGUAAAGUCCACAGGGAAGGUAGUUUACUUUACUGCUACAUUUCCAUAUGUGAUGUUGGCAGUGUUGCUUGUCCGUGGACUCACGUUGCCGGGGGCCUUAGAUGGGAUCAAGUUCUACCUCUACCCAGAUCCAUCCCGCCUCACUGAUCCACAGGUAUGGAUGGAUGCUGGCACACAAAUAUUUUAUUCCUAUGCUAUUUGCAUUGGAUGUCUAACUGCACUUGGCAGUUAUAAUAAAUACAACAAUAACUGCUACAAGGACUGUGUGUACUUGUGCCUUCUGAACAGUGGGACCAGUUUUGUAGCUGGCUUUGCCAUCUUCUCUGCACUUGGAUUCAUGGCAUAUGAGCAAAACACAGACAUAUCAAAAGUAGCAGAGUCAGGUCCUGGCUUGGCGUUCAUUGCCUAUCCUCGAGCGGUAGCCAUGAUGCCUUUUCCUCAGCUCUGGGCAAUAUUCUUCUUCAUUAUGAUUAUCCUCCUGGGACUGGACAGUGAGUUUGUAGGUUUGGAAGCUCUCGUAACAGCAAUUUGCGACAUGAAUCCCUCCUUCUUCCAAGUUGGUCAUCGACGUAAACUUCUUCUGCUUGCUAUUAGUGUUCUCAGUUUCUUCAUCGGCCUUGUGAUGGUUACAGAAGGUGGACUGUACAUCUUCCAGGUGUUUGACUACUAUGCCUGCAGUGGGAUGACUCUACUUCUCUUUGCAAUACUGCAGUCUGUCUCUAUUGGAUGGGUGUAUGGCGCAGAUCGGUUUUAUGAUAACAUUGAGGAUAUGAUUGGCUACAGGCCUUUUCCCCUGAUUAAAUACUGUUUGAAAUAUGUUACUCCAGUAGUCUGCAUGGGAACAUUCAUUUUCUCUUUGGUUAAAUAUACUCCUCUGAAGUUCAACAACACAAUUGAGUAUCCGUGGUGGGGUUAUGCUCUUGGCUGGUGGUUCACUCUCUCCUCUACGCUCAUGGUUCCCUUGUGGAUGCUGUACAAUCUGAGCGUCACUCCUGGUACACUACGACAGAGGAUCUCCAUCUUAUGUACUCCAGCUGAAGACCUUCCUUUGACCAAAUCAGAGAAAAAGGCUUUUGAGCUGCUCGACUUGACCUCAUCUCCUGACAGCAGGGUGCCCUCGUGAGAAGAGAGAAACUGGAGCAGGUUCAGAAACACUGAACACUUUUUGAGACACAAGGGAAGGUUUACCCCCAAUGCAGAAGUCAUACGCCAAGUUCCUUUUAAACCAGUGAUUCCCAAUCUUUUUCCCCUUAAAACAAAGCUACUUUAUCUUGCAACCCCUGGCUGGGAAUCACUGCACUAAAGGAAUGGUUUCAAAUUCACUUUGUUAUCGCUCCACUAAGCACUGCAGAGUUUGAAUGCUCACUCAACAGAAAUAAUUUAAAGGACAUGGGAAACAGAAUCUAAGCUCAAAGGUCCACACACAGGAAACCUUCUGUUUUUUUUUCUGUUUCUGAGCUUUCAAACACAUCUCAUGGUUUUCAUUCAGCAAUGGGAGUCAUCUUUGGUUUCAUCAUGUGACUUUCAGUCAGCGACAGCUCCGAAGAGUAGCAAGUAGGGCUGCAAUUUUCAUUAUGAAUUAAUCCAUCACUACUUUUUUCAAUAAUCAAUUAAUCGUUUAGUUUAUGAAAUGUCAGAAAAUAGUGCCAAUGCAUGACUUCUUCAGAGGUCUAGUUUUCUCCAAUUCACAGUUAACAACUUGAUAAAUUACUUAAACAAUGAAUCAGUUAUUAAAGUUUUUGCUGAUAAGUAAUCUGUCAAACAACCGAUUGACGGAUCACUUGAGUAUAUGGUUGAUUUUUGUUUUGUUUUGUUCUAACCAGUUUAUAUAACUAUAUGGAGUAAUGUAACAUUGAUCAGCACCUCCUAAAGGCCAUACAGACUGAACACUAAAGUCACUUUUAGGUCACUGUGAAUGGAAUGAAUUCAAUAAAUGUAAAUUAUUGUGACAGGAGUGACAUGAAACAAGGGAGGUUAUCCAGCAUUAAGGGUCAGAUUCAGACCCAGGACACUUUGAGCACCAUAGCCAAUGAGACACCAGGCUGUCCCAACACUAAAGUGUUUCUGACCUGAGCACCGCUACUGAAAAAAUACAUAUGUGCUGCUCACACAGGCAUGAAACUAUUUAACAUUUACAAGUUCGUAUUUGGUGUAAACAUUUUUUUUUAAAAAAGGUAAUUACUACAAUUGGGCCUGUGAUGAUAGACACACCAAAUAGAAAAGAGACACACUGUGUAAAACUGUUGGCUAUAACCGUCAUAGUCACAGAGUAUAUUUUUAACAGAAGUUAAAUAGAUUAUAUUUUUACUGUAGAUGAAGCUUUAAGCUUGUGUAAUUCUAGUUUUUAUACAGAACACUCAUUUAUCAAGUUUGCAACUUAAUGUUUGUAUCGUUUUGUAUUGUUUUUAUAUCAUAUAUCAGUGAAAUUUGUGGCAGUAGUUCUUUGUAUGAGACAUAAAUGCUGUAAUCUGUUACUUUACACAUUUAAGGAUCAAUCAAUAAUUUGUUUUUUAAAUGAUUUGUGUUGCAGAAACUGUGUGAAUUCAUGUUCACACUUUAUAUUACACGUUGUUAACAGUAAAUCCAUCAUGAACAACCAGUUAGCUGAUGUUGUCUUAACGAAUACGUUUGUGUAAUUGAAUGAAUGACAGCACUGGUAUUUGAUAACUUAAUGUCAUAUAAGUCUCAUCAAACAGUGCGCGAUUUUGCAAGUAUUAUCUAUGUAUGAGGCAAACAGGUAUUCAUGUGAUUAAGUAUUAAUAGGCUUCAGUAAACUGGCAGCUCAUCAUUAUUGAUUUAUUUCUGCUGAUUUCACCUCAUGAUUUUGUCAGAGUGAAUGGUGACAGAAUCAGUGCUUUACAUUUGAUGAUUUAACUAGAUACAAAUCAAUUAUGGAUAGAACAUUGAUCUGACUCAGAAAAAUAGCUUUGAAUAGUAAUUCAAAUAAGAGUACAUUAUUAAUCGUUUACAAACAUUCAGUAAUGAUCAGUCACCAGUUUAUUGUUGCUUAAGAAAAAAGUUGAUAGUUGAUUUUUUUGUUUUGUUUUGUUUUUUUUGACAGUUAAAAUCAGCAGUUUUUAAAUAAAACGGUUAGCAAAAUGUUAAUUAUAAAUUGGCAAUAAUGCAAAACAAAUUUUGUUCUGUGAAUGCUACACUGAUUCAGAUGCUUUUGCAGUUGAUGUAGUCUUCGGAGACCAUUAAAGAAGUCACAGUAUAAACCAUUGUGUCCUUGAAUGCAUCAUGCAUCAAGUUCUUAAGUGUCAAAUUUCCAACUCAGCUGCAAUAACACAUAUCAAUAACACAGCUGGGAAAACAAUCUCACCACAAGGUCCAUUUGAUCCUUUUGAGGAGCUUUCGGAUCCCAUGAUCUUCACCUGCAGAUGACGUUUAAGUUUAAGUUAUCAUAGAAAGAUAGAAAGAAAUGUUUUCGGCCACUACAUGCAGCUGUUCUCCAAAAGCUGUAAAAACCCACUGUUAACUACGGAAGAGAGACACAUUCAUGUAUCCAGAUAUGUGUAUCCUAAAAAUGUCGACAGAAUGCAAUUCUUUACCACAGUUACUGUUGUUAAGAUUUCAAAAACUUGAGGGAAAAAGUGUAAAAUUAAGUUAAAAGAAAUGGCAAAUAUCAAUUGGAAAAAUGUUAUUGCACCAGUCACUCUGAAGAGAGUAAAACCAAAAGGUGCAUGAGUUAUAAUGAAAUGGGAAAAUAGCUAUUCUGGUAGUCUCCAUGUCAACUCAUAUACAAGAUUCCCACACUUACUUUUUAAAAGAAAAAUGAAAACUUAACCAUAAAUUUUCCAUUUAAACAUUUUUAUGACAAUACUGCUAUAAUGCCAAAAGCAACGCUGAAAGAUAUAAUACUGUAAAAUAGUGGCCUAACUUGAAGAAUGACAUGUUUCUUUAAAUGCAACUCUUGGAUUUAUUUAAUGCUUUUAAAGUGCAAAAAAAUAAAAAAAUAUAUAAAGAAGA